CCCCUCUGAAAUCCCAACUCGCAAUCUUCAAGUUUCUGUGUGUUAUUCUAUUGUUAAGAAAAAUAACAAGGAUCAGUUCGCGAUGGAAGCCGCCAAGGAGAAGGUCUUGAACAUCGGUGCAACCGCUAAGGCUGGCAUGGACAAGACGAAGGCUACCGCCGAAGAAAAGAUCGAGAAAAUGAAGACAAGGGAUCCACUGCAAAAGGAAAUGGCGGAGGAAAGGAAGGAGGAGAAGAUUCGUCAAGCUGAGCUGAUGAAGCAGCAGGCGUACAAGGAGAAUGCCAUACUAAAAGGAGAAGCACAGCACUUAGGAGUCGGCCACCAAACCGGAACCGGCUUGGAUGGGCAUCACAAUGGUGUCGUACCUCAAACUGGCUUGGGUGACCAUCACACAGGAGUUCGACACCAUAUCGGUUUAGUUGAGCCGACCAGCGGGGCCGGGGGAUUGCACAGGACUGAUGGGCCACUUGCCGGCACUGAAACAAACCGGACUGCGCACGAGACUGGCGGUGGCUUGUACUGAGGCAGAUGCUUUAUUUUCUGGCCUCAAGAAUUAUACUAUUGUUUAUGUAGUUUGGUCAAUAAGAAGGGUGAAGAAGCUUGGUGUUUUAGCUUGUAAGCUUUCAUGGCCCAAUCUGUACUUGUUUGGUGUGAUUGUGUGCAUUUUUUUUCUUAUUUGUACUGUAAUCCGAGGUGAUUAUUUCCUUUGUGUAAUAAAGCACAUAUUCUAACUAAUCAUAUUUUCUGGGGAAAAAUAUAUAAUUAGGAUUGU